CAGCACGCAGGCGUGGUGAGCGCUCCCGCAGACAGGGGGCGUCAAUAUGGCGUCCUGAGAAAGACAACACAGCCCGACACCGCACCGAUCUUCGGCUGACAUCGGGAGGAGAGAGGGACCGUUUCGCCAAACGCAAGACGUGAUUUCGUCCUGUGCAUCCCUCUGAACGGCCGCGAGCAUCGGGUUUGGAUGUGCAGAUCUCGGCGGAGGAGGACACCUGAUCGAGAAUUUUCCUUUUUCAUCUGUGUUUGAUGCUGCUGCUCAGUGCUCGGUGAUACAAAAGCAGGUGAGACCGAGGCGACCGCUCCUUUUUGGGAUUCGGGUCGGAAAUGUCGAGCGAGAAACCGGUUUUGGCACCGGGUUCCGCCUCGCUCACGGACCGAGAAGCCCCCACACCAGCAGCAGCACCGCCGGGUUCGGGGCAGCGAGUCGUAACGGGCUCCGUUACCGGGGACAUGAUGGUGUCUGGAUCGGGCGCCGUGGUUCUACCGGCCGGGGUGAUAAACCCCUCGGUUCCGAUCCGGAAUAUCAAGAUGAAAUUCGCCGUGCUCAUCGGUUUGAUCCAAGUCGGGGAGGUUAGCAACAGAGAUAUCGUGGAGACAGUUUUAAAACUGCUGGUUGGUGGAGAGUUCGACCUGGAGAUGAACUUUAUCAUCCAGGACGCGGAAAGCAUCGCCUGCAUGGUGGAGCUGCUGGAGCACUGUGACGUCACCUGCCAGGCGGAGAUCUGGAGCAUGUUCACAGCUAUCCUGCGGAAGAGUGUUCGCAACCUACAGACCAGCACCGAGGUGGGGCUCAUCCAGCAGGUGCUGCAGAAGAUGAGCUCCGUCGACGACAUGAUUGCAGAUCUCUUAGUGGACAUGCUGGGGGUCUUGGCCAGCUAUAGUAUCACAGUUAAGGAACUGAAGCUGUUGUUCAGCAUGCUGAGGGGCGACGGAGGCGUGUGGCCAAGACACGCCAUUAAGCUCCUAUCUGUGCUGAAUCAGAUGCCUCAGCGGCACGGCCCUGACACCUUCUUCAACUUCCCAGGACGCAGUGCGGCGGCCAUUGCUUUGCCACCCAUUGCUAAGUGGCCUUACCAGAAUGGAUUCACUCUCAACACAUGGUUCCGAAUGGACCCACUCAAUAAUAUCAAUGUAGACAAGGAUAAACCAUACUUAUACUGUUUUCGAACCAGCAAAGGGAUUGGCUACUCGGCACACUUUGUGGGGAACUGUUUAAUUGUGACAUCAUUGAAGUCAAAGGGGAAAGGCUUUCAACACUGUGUGAAGUACGACUUCCAGCCUAGGAAGUGGUACAUGAUCAGCAUAGUCCACAUCUACAACCGUUGGAGGAAUAGCGAGAUCCGUUGCUAUGUCAACGGUCAGCUGGUUUCCUACGGCGACAUGGCAUGGCACGUCAACACCAAUGAUAGUUAUGAUAAAUGUUUCCUGGGCUCUUCAGAGACUGCGGAUGCUAACCGGGUGUUCUGUGGGCAGCUCGGAGCCAUUUACGUCUUCAGUGAGGCGCUAAACCCUGCACAGAUCUUUGCCAUUCAUCAGCUCGGACCCGGGUAUAAGAGCACGUUUAAGUUCAAGUCGGAAAGCGACAUCCACCUGGCGGAGCACCAUAAGCAGGUUCUGUAUGAUGGGAAGUUGGCCAGCAGCAUAGGCUUCACCUACAACGCUAAAGCCACCGAUGCACAGCUGUGCCUGGAGUCCUCGCCCAGGGAAAACCCCUCCAUAUUUGUGCACUCACCACAUGCCCUGAUGCUGCAGGAUGUGAAGGCCAUCGUCACUCACUCCAUCCACAGCGCCAUCCACUCUAUUGGAGGAAUCCAAGUUCUCUUCCCGCUCUUCUCACAGCUGGACUACAGGCAACCUAACGACAGCCCUGUGGAGACGACCGUCUGUGCCACUCUCCUAGCUUUUCUAGUGGAGUUGUUGAAGAGUUCAGUAGCCAUGCAAGAGCAGAUGUUGGGCGGAAAAGGCUUCCUGGUUAUUGGCUAUUUACUGGAGAAGUCUUCUCGGGUGCACAUCACCAGGGCAGUUUUGGAGCAGUUUCUGUCAUUUGCCAAGUAUCUAGAUGGGUUGACUCAUGGAGCUCCUUUACUGAAGCAGCUGUGUGAUCAUGUUUUGUUUAAUGCUGCUAUCUGGAUCCAUACACCAGCUAAGGUUCAGCUUUCCCUCUACACAUACCUGUCGGCAGAAUUCAUUGGCACCGCCACCAUCUACAGCACCAUCCGUCGAGUGGGCACCGUCCUGCAGCUGAUGCACACCCUCAAGUACUAUUACUGGGCCAGCAACCCCCUGGAAAGUAGCAGUAUCACCCCUAAAGGCCUGGAUGGUCCUCGGCCCUCUCAGAAGGAGAUUAUAUCCUUGCGGGCGUUCAUGCUUCUUUUCCUCAAACAGCUCAUUCUCAAGGACCGAGGAGUGAAGGAAGAUGAGUUGCAGAGCAUAUUAAACUACCUGCUAACCAUGCAUGAGGAUGAAAACAUCCAUGAUGUGCUCCAGCUCUUGGUCGCGCUCAUGUCUGAGCACCCCGCCUCCAUGAUCCCUGCCUUCGACCAGAGGAAUGGAAUACGAGUCAUCUACAAGCUCCUGGCUUCCAAAAGCGAGAGUAUACGAGUCCAAGCUCUUAAAGUUCUUGGCUACUUCCUGAAACAUCUGGGACACAAGAGGAAGGUGGAGAUCAUGCACACACACAGCCUCUUCACGUUGCUCGGAGAGCGAUUAAUGAUGCACACCAGCACUGUGACCAUCACCACCUACAACACACUCUAUGAGAUCUUAACAGAACAGGUUUGCACUCAGGUGGUGCACAAGCCUCACCCAGAACCCGAUUCUACAGUCAAGAUCCAAAACCCAAUGAUUCUGAAGGUUGUGGCUACACUGCUUAAAAGUUCCUCCCCCAGCGCUGAGCUGAUGGAAGUACGACGCCUCUUCCUGUCCGACAUGAUCAAACUCUUCAGCAACAGCAGAGAGAACAGACGGUGUCUGCUGCAGUGUUCAGUGUGGCAGGACUGGAUGUUCUCUCUGGGCUACAUUAACCCAAAGAACCCAGAGGAGCAGAAGAUCACUGAAAUGGUCUACAACAUAUUCCGUAUCCUGCUUUACCAUGCCAUCAAGUAUGAGUGGGGAGGCUGGCGCGUGUGGGUGGACACACUCUCCAUCGCCCACUCCAAGGUGACCUACGAGGCGCACAAAGAGUACUUGGCAAAGAUGUACGAGGAGUACCAACGACAAGAGGAAGAGAACAUCAAGAAAGGAAAGAAAGGUUCCGUCAGCACAAUUUCCGGCCUUUCCGCCCAACCCACCACUGUCAACGGAAACCUGGAGAUCCGCGAGAUCGAUGACACAUCUCAGACGCAGACACCAGAGAGCGAGGUAGACUAUGGAGAAAAUGCAGACUCUCGGAACCUGCUGGCCGAGACCAAAGGUCCGGAGGGCGAAGCCGAACGGUCGGUGGCGGGGGUUCGUGUGGAAGUUCAUGACUUGCUGGUAGACAUCAAAGCUGAGAAGGUGGAGGCUACAGAGGUUAAAUUAGACGAUCUGGAUCUGUCCCCGGAGGUUCUUGGAGGAGGAGGUGGCAUGGAGAAUGGUCCCUUGGUGGAAGUAGACUCGCUGUUGGACAGCGCCUACUGUGCAGCAGUUCACAAGCUCAAUGGGAGCCUUGUCCCGAAAGAGGAGGAAAGUGUUGUGGUGGGUUUAACUGAAGACGAUGGGAACAUGGGUCCUCUAAUCACACUCGCAGAUGAAAAGGACAGCGUUCCCAGCAACAAUGGCUUCCUGUUUCCCAAGGUGGAUGAGAAGCUGCUUCCCUCAUUGGCAUCGACGGAGCCCCUGGUGCUGCCCAGCCCUGAACAGCCUCCUUGUCCAAAAACUCCACUCACUUCAAGUGCCAGUGACGACCUCAGCCUGCUAGCCCACAUGACUUCUUGUGGUUCAGAUCUGAUUCAAACCCCAAGUGGCCUAACAGAAGAUGAUGGGUUUAAGUUGCAGAGCUCCUUGGCGGACAUCAGCACACUGGCAGAAGCCGAGGCCCAGGCUGCAGCCAGGACAGCAGAAUGUUUGGAGCAAGAGGUUGGGGAGGCCAGGGCAGGAAAGAGUGGCGGUGAUACAGCCAGCACCACUUCAGACACAGAGAGAUCCGACGAUGGAAAAGACAAAGAAAUGAAGAAGAUUCAGACUACAGCCACCACGCAGGCUCUUCAUGGUCGUAUGUCGGGUCAGAUGGAGAGGGACCUCCGUGUGGAUCUGGGCUUCCGGGGCAUGCCGAUGACAGAAGAACAGCGGCGGCAGUUUAGCCCUGGCCCUCGCACUACCAUGUUCCGUAUCCCAGAAUUCAAAUGGUCACCCAUGCAUCAGCGCCUUCUCACUGACCUGUUGUUCGCUCUGGAAAGUGACGUACACAUGUGGAGGAGCCACUCUACGAAAUCGGUCAUGGACUUUGUAAACAGUAACGAGAACAUUAUAUUUGUCCACAACACCAUCCACCUCAUUUCUCAGAUGGUUGAUAACAUCAUUAUAGCGUGCGGCGGGAUCCUUCCCCUGCUCUCUGCUGCCACCUCCCCAUCUAGUUCUAAGAUGGAGCUUGAGAAUGUGGAGGCGACCCAGGGCAUGUCGUCAGAAACGGCUGUCACGUUUCUGAGCCGGCUGAUGGCCAUGGUGGAUGUGCUCGUGUUUGCCAGUUCUCUCAAUUUCAGCGAGAUUGAGGCUGAAAAGAACAUGUCGUCAGGGGGACUAAUGCGCCAGUGUCUACGAUUAGUAUGUUGUGUAGCAGUGAGGAACUGUCUGGAAUGCAGGCAGAGGCAGAGAGACCGAGGCAGCAAAAGCUCGCUGCCAAUCAGCAAGACCCAGGAGAACCUACAGACUGCAGCAUCCGCCAGCAAGACCGUCAUACAGAACAUCCCGCGUAACCUUUCUCCUAUCAAAGACCCAGACAGACUGCUGCAGGACGUGGACAUCAAUCGUCUCCGAGCUGUCGUUUUUAGAGACGUGGAUGACAGUAAACAGGCUCAGUUCCUGGCUCUGGCUGUGGUCUACUUCAUCUCUGUCCUUAUGGUGUCCAAAUACCGGGACAUCCUGGAGCCACAACGGGAGAUCGGCAGGUCCAGCAGCCUAUCAGGGAGAAGCAUCCGACAAGAGAUUAAUUCACCCACCAGCACAGAAAACCCAUCCUCCUUCUCAGAUGGUGUACAUGGAGACCGCCAAGCCGCCACCCCUCUGGACAAUCUUCCCCUGGAGGGAUCACUGCCUCACACUGACUCCGGCAUCGGGGAGGAGCAGGUCACCAGUGCUUUCAAUGGCUCCGAGCUGGGCGCAGACUCCAGCGGAUUGGGUGGGAGCUCUGGAGGCCCGGAUGCCAUGAGCGAGUUGCUGUGCACACUGUCGUCGGAGGUGAGGAAGUCCCGUGAGUCCCUGUUGGAGUCGCCUCCUGGCAUGGAGGUUCUGAAACCAGCUGCGUCGAUCUCCAGCAUCAGCCAGGCCAACAAGGGAAUCAAUGUGAAGGAGAUCCUGAAGAGUUUAGUGGCAGCACCGGUGGAGGGGGCGGAGGCAGGGCCUGAGCCUCAGCCGUACCACCCUGACCCUGCCCUGAAGAGGGAAGCUGCUGCCAUGCUGCCCAUGCAGUUCCACUCGUUUGACAGGAGCGUGGUGGUGCCUGUUAAGAAGCCCCCUCCAGGAAGCCUGGCUGUGAACACAGUAGGAACACCCACCACCAGUGGAGUACCCUCGUCAGGAAGUACGCCCAAUAUCUUUGCUGCUGCCACAGCAACACCUAAAAGCAUGAUCAACACAACAGGUGCCACUGACUCCGCCUCUUCCUCAUCCUCCUCUUCAUCAAGUUUCGUGAACGGUGCCACAAGUAAAAACCUCCCAGCGGUGCAAACCGUUGCACCCAUGCCUGAAGACACAGUGGAAAACAUGAGUAUCACGACUAAAUUGGAGCGCGCCUUAGAGAAAGUGGCCCCCUUGCUGAGAGAGAUCUUUGUGGAUUUCGCCCCCUUCCUUUCGCGGACUCUGUUGGGCAGUCAUGGGCAGGAGUUGCUCAUAGAAGGCUUAGUUUGUAUGAAGUCCAGCACAUCGGUUGUGGAGCUUGUGAUGCUCUUGUGCUCGCAGGAGUGGCAGAACUCCAUACAAAAGAACGCAGGACUUGCAUUCAUCGAACUUAUUAAUGAGGGGAGGCUUCUGUGUCACGCCAUGAAGGACCACAUUGUCCGUGUCGCCAAUGAGGCUGAGUUCAUCCUCAACAGGCAGAGAGCAGAAGAUGUGCACAAACAUGCUGAGUUUGAGUCCAACUGUGCCCAGUACGCUGCAGACAGAAGAGAAGAGGAAAAGAUGUGUGAUCAUCUCAUCAGUGCCGCCAAGCACAGAGAUCACGUGACCGCAAACCAGCUGAAACAGAAGAUCCUCAACAUUUUAACCAAUAAGCAUGGAGCAUGGGGAACCAUGUCACAGAGUCAGCUUCAUGAUUUCUGGCGUUUGGACUACUGGGAGGAUGAUUUGCGCAGGAGGCGGAGAUUUGUACGCAAUGCCUUUGGCUCCACCCACUUGGACGUGGCUCUCAAAUCUCUAGAGGAAUACGGCCCUGAGGAAGAAGAGGGCAUAAAGUCAAAGUCGUCGUUCCGUAGUCAUUCGGUGGUCAGUCAGAACCCUGAGACGGAGCUGAUGCUGGAAGGAGAUGAUGACGCCGUCAGUCUGCUGCAGGAGAAAGAGAUUGACAACCUUGCAGGUCCAGUGGUUUUGAGCACACCCGCCCAGCUCGUUGCUCCUGUGAUCAUUGCUAGAGGCACGUUGUCGAUCACCACAACAGAGAUCUAUUUCGAGGUGGAUGAGGAUGAUCCAACAUUCAAAAAGAUUGAUUCAAAGGUGUUGGCAUAUACUGAGGGUCUGCAUGGGAAAUGGAUGUUCAGUGAGAUCAGAGCAGUUUUUUCCAGACGCUACCUGCUCCAAAACACUGGAUUAGAGGUCUUCAUGGCCAACAGGACAUCUGUCAUGUUCAAUUUCCCGGAUCAGGGCACAGUAAAGAAGGUAGUGUACAGUUUACCUCGGGUCGGCGUUGGCACCAGCUAUGGCCUCCCUCAGGCAAGACGGAUCUCUCUGGCAACACCAAGGCAGCUCUUUAAGUCGUCUAAUAUGACUCAGAGAUGGCAGCGGAGGGAGAUUUCAAAUUUUGAGUACCUCAUGUUCCUCAACACGAUUGCAGGGAGGACCUAUAAUGAUCUGAACCAGUAUCCUGUCUUCCCUUGGGUCCUGACUAACUAUGAAUCAGAGGACCUGGAUCUUACCUUGCCUGGGAAUUUCCGGGAUCUCUCAAAGCCAAUCGGAGCCCUGAAUCCAAAGCGAGCCGUGUUCUAUGCCGAACAUUAUGAGACGUGGGAAGAUGAUGGAACUCCGCCCCAUCAUUACGCAUCUCUGUACUCAACUGCGGCAUCCACUCUCUUCUGGCUCAUCAGGAUAGAACCCUUCAGCACAUUUUUCUUGAAUUGUAAUAACAACAAAUUCGACCAUCCCGAUCGGACGUUUUCUGGCAUUGCACGCUCUUGGCGAAGUUGCCAGAGGGAUACAUCAGAUGUUAGGGAGUUGAUCCCGGAGUUCUACUACCUCCCUGAGAUGUUUGUGAACAGCAGCGGAUAUGACCUGGGGGUGAGAGAGGACAGGACAGCCGUGUGUGAUGUGGAACUACCAGUCUGGGCCAAAAAACCAGAGGACUUUGUUCGCAUCAACAGGAUGGCGCUGGAGAGUGAAUUUGUGUCCUGUCAGUUGCACCAGUGGAUUGAUCUCAUCUUCGGCUACAAGCAGAGAGGACCGGAGGCCAUUAGGGCUCUCAAUGUUUUCCAUUACCUGUCUUACGAGGGGUCUGUGAACUUGGACACCAUCACCGACCCCCAGCUCAGAGAGUCUAUGGAGGCUCAGAUUCAGUCAUUUGGACAGGCUCCAUCACAGCUGCUAAUAGAGCCUCACCCUCCACGCAGCUCCGCCAUGCACCUGUGUUUCCUUCCUCAGAGUCCUCUAAUGUUUAAGGACCAAAUGCAGCAAGAUGUAAUCAUGGUGCUAAAAUUCCCCUCCAACUCUCCCGUCACGCAUGUGGCGGCCAACACGCUGCCUCACCUCAGCAUUCCAGCUGCGGUCACGGUCACAUGCAGCCGGCUGUUCGCCGUCAACCGCUGGCACAACACAGUCGGUCUCAGAGGUGCUCCGGGAUACUCAUUAGAACAGGCUCAUCACCUUCCUAUUGAAAUGGACUCUCUGAUUGCCAAUAACUCUGGCAUUAGUAAAAGGCAGAUCACAGAUUUGGUGGAUCAAAGCAUUCAGAUCAACACGCACUGCUUUGUGGUGACAGCCGACAACCGCUACAUCCUGGCAUGUGGUUUCUGGGACAAGAGUUUCCGUGUUUACUCCACUGAGACAGGGAAACUCACUCAGAUCGUGUUUGGUCACUGGGAUGUGGUGACCUGUCUUGCGCGAUCUGAGUCCUACAUUGGAGGUGAUUGCUACAUUGUCUCUGGCUCACGAGAUGCAACCCUUCUGCUGUGGUACUGGAGCGGACGACACCACAUCAUCGGAGACAAUCCCAACAACAGUGAUUAUCCAGCACCUAGAGCGGUUCUCACAGGCCAUGACCAUGAGGUGGUGUGUGUGUCAGUGUGUGCUGAACUGGGACUUGUCAUCAGUGGGGCCAAAGAGGGGCCAUGUUUGGUGCAUACCAUCACAGGAGAUUUACUGCGGGCCCUAGAGGGCCCUGAGAACUGUGUCUGGCCCCGUCUGAUCUCUGUGUCCAGUGAGGGCCACUGUAUCAUCUACUAUGAGAGAGGACACUUCUGUAACUUCAGCAUUAAUGGCAAACUCCUGGCACAGAUGGAGAUCAAUGACUCCACACGUGCCAUUCUGUUGAGCAGCGACGGUCAGAACUUGGUAACAGGAGGUGAUAACGGUGUUGUUGAAGUCUGGCAGGCCUGUGAUUUUAAGCAGCUGUAUAUUUACCCAGGCUGUGACGCAGGCAUCAGGGCUAUGGACUUAUCCCAUGACCAGAGGACUUUGAUCACUGGGAUGGCGUCAGGCAGCAUCGUGGCGUUUAACAUUGAUUUCAAUCGAUGGCACUACGAACACCAGAACAGAUACUGAGACAGAACAGAGAGAGAGGGACCUUGUUUAGGGCCCGCAGUUGAAGCAGUGAGAAAAGUGGAGUCCAUGUCCUGCUUGACAGAAGGUGGUGUCCCUCUAAGUUCAGGGUGGAGUUAAACCCGGAUGAAAACACAAGACAUAUCGCUAACGUUACUUAGACCUUUAGGGUUGUCCUUCACUCCCCACAUACUAUGAUGAGUUGCCAAAUGUCCUUUUGUCUGUGAAGAUCAUCAUGCAAGAUCGAAGCCAGUAGGACAGCAGGACUGGAUGGACUGUACCGCAGUUCCCAGCAGAAGAGGCUUAGAGAUAAACCACCAACAAACUGAUUUUUUGAGGAAGGGGGUCUGGGGUGGGAUUAAGAUGCAGCGGUGAACUUAGUCUUUGUAAAUACAAACUGCAAUGGCGCAGUUCUUCACUACAAAGGGAUAAAAAUCAUACUUCCCGCUCGCUCUCCAUUACGGAAGAUCCCAUAAUCCUUUAAUUUAUUAAUGACUUGCUGUAAGAUAUUGUGUAGUUCCAACAAAAUGAUGAUUUGGAUGAUUAUAGAUGAAGGCCUGCUGAUUCACAGGGAGGAAGUGAACUGCUCAGACAGGAAACAAGCUUCUCUUUCCUCUUUGUAUAUUUGGUAAUUGUUUUGUCAUAUAUGUAAAUAUUGUGAUGGUUAGGAAAGCCAGGCAUGUAAGCGGGCCAUAAAAAAAGAAUAAAGAGGAGAAAAAAAAA